AAUAAUUAAUGGGUAAACAAUUUCGGUAGAAUGUUAAUUUUAAUUUAUAUGUAAACCAUAUAUGUUUUGGUCAAUGAAAUUAUGUAAUUAUUCAUUUCCAACAACGCAUUGCAAUUAUUGAUUAUUGCAUGCUCUUGGAUUUUCUCCAUCGUCGUCUAUCUAUCGUAUAUUAAUUAUUAUCUUUUUUCGCGGACGUUCAACCGUAACUUGCACUAGAUUCCACUUCGCUUGUGAUUGGUAAUUCAACUUAUUAUAUUAAGUUAAUUCUUUCAUCCUGGUAUUCUUUGACCCUCACUUUGGUGAUCGUGUCGCUAUGGCAACCGUAUAAGGAUUCUUCCGUAGCGUCUUUCCUUGAACCUCAAGCUUCAACGUUCAACAGUGCGACGACCAAUCGAAGAAGUAUAAGUGAAUAUAACAACCACGAAAGAAUAAUUAACGUUAAUCUUUAUUAUUGCUUGGGAGAGGGAUCCUUCCCUUUUAUUUAUUGUCCUCUGACAUCCUCGAACAAUUAAUCUGUGACUUCGACCUCUGACGAGCAGGAAUUAUGAACGAUUGCCCAUCGUUAAACGCGACAGUCGGUCGCGUUGUUCACUUGGCGCACGAAAAAGAGGAAAAACGUGUCCAAGAACGUCGGCGUCAUCUCGUUUAUCUUAUCGUAGCUUUUUUACGAGAGCAAGGUUAUUCCAGCACCGCGGAAAGUCUUUUCAAAGAGGCUCAACUUUCCCGAGAUAUUCACGUGUGCGAUAAUAUUGAUCUGGAAACUAUCAUUCUCGAGUACGUCGAUUAUCAUUACGCAAAGUAUAACAAGUAUCCCAAGUUAUGUAAGAAGACGGAAGUUGGGAGCGUAGCUCAAAAUAUCAACAAGAGAGAGAGAGUUUCCAAGGCCUAUUCAAAGCAAGAAGAUAGUCGCGUUACCGAAGAAUGUAACAAUAUUGGCAGAAAUAAAGUCAUACAGAAACAUACCGCUUCGACGUGCAGUAACGAGUUGAAUCUCGGUAUUACGGUGACGCCGAUCUUUCCUGCAGAAAGUGGUGAUCGAGUCGCUGUACAAGUGCCAAUGUCCGACGAAACUUUCAUCGACAAUGAGAGACCACUGAAACCUAUCGGUAAUCUCUAUCCACACGGCUCUGAACUAAAAGAAAUCGCAGAUGUUAUAUCCCGGGAAAUAGUGCAACAAAAUUUGAAUGUUCAUUGGGACGACGUAAAGGGACUGAAGGAUUGCAAAAUAUUACUGAAAGAAGCCAUACUUUAUCCCAUGAAAUAUCCAAGUUUGUUUAGUGGGAAACUCGGUUGUUACAAAGGUGUAUUAUUAUAUGGCCCGCCGGGAACCGGUAAAACGAUGCUCGCGAAAGCAGUCGCUACCGAAUGUCAAUCGACCUUUUUUAACAUCACUUCCAGUUCGGUUAUCAGCAAAUGGAGAGGCGAUUCGGAAAAAUAUAUUCGCGUGCUCAUUGAUCUUGCUAAACAUUAUGCACCAACGAUAAUCUUUAUCGAUGAAAUUGAUUGGACCACCACGAAAAAUAUAGAUCACUCCUCGUCGAGUUCGGAACCUGCUAGAAGAUUUCGAGCGGAACUUCUUGCCAGAUUGGACGGUUUAUUGUCAACGGAAUAUACAAAUGUAAUAUUGUUAGCAGCUACAAAUGUUCCAUGGAAUAUAGACGUUGCCUUGUUGCGACGUUUGGAAAAGCGGAUUUUUGUGGAUCUACCCGACGAAGCUAGUCGACUGGAAAUGUUGCGAUCUUAUGUGCGUGAUGAUCUUCACAAUUCGCCGGAAAUGUUCAAACUUGUACAAGAAACCGUGGGAUACUCUUGCGCAGAUUUGAAAUUGUUGUGCAAGGAGGCAUGGAUUAAUCAAUUACGACCUAUCUGGGCGAAUCUUGAAGCUAAAGCAAUUUCUGCGAAUAAUAUUCAAAAUGAUGGUCUGAUCAGUGCAAUGAAUCAUAUUGAGCUUGCUAAACUCAAACUAAAACCUACCGCCAAACACAUGAACGCGCAAUAUACCGAAUGGUACAAAGAAUUUGAUUUCUCAAAAUAAGUAAAAAAUAAUAAAGUAGCUUUUCUCCCCCCCCCCCCUCCAUACACACACAUACACAUAAUUGUAACACAAAAUAAAUAUAUCCAUUAGAUGAUACAUUACCCCACACAUUACAAAUGAAAUUUUUCUGUAAAAUAAUCAAAUUUUGUGAAUAUGGUUAAAAUAUUUGUAAAAUUUGUUAGUUUAUUU